AUGUAUAACGAUUCAGUAACUUGGGAAAUAUUAGGGCAAGGAAAAUGCUCUUUUAAAAAAAAAACAGAAAAACAAAUGUUUUGUUUAAAUGAUUAUAAUGUUACAGGAUUAUGUACAAAAGUAAAUUGCCCAUUAAGUAAUAGUGUAUAUGGUACUGUUAUAUUAGAUAAAGGUGAAAUAUAUUUAUAUUUAAAAUGCCCAGAAAGAGCACAUUUGCCUAGUGAAUUAUGGAGUAAGGUUUUACUUAAUUUAAAUAAAAAAGAAUCUUUUAAUAUUAUUUACAAAGAAAUGAAACAUACACAUAAUAUUAAGCAAAUAAAAAAAUGCAUGAAAAGAUAUAUAAGAAUUAAAGAGAUCUUAAAAAGAAGUAGAAAACUUGUUUUGCAAAAACAAUUAAAAUUAAAUCCAAUAAAAAAGAAAACAGAACGAAGAGACAAAAUAAGAGAAAAUAAAGCAUUAAAAGCUGCUAAUAUUUUAAAUAAUGUCGAAGCGGAACUAAUAAAUCGUUUAAAUACAGGUGUUUAUGGUAAUCUCUAUAAAUUUUUAACUCCAAAAAAAAAAGUAAAAAAUAAGGAAUCAGAAUUGACUAAAAUAUUUUCUGAAAUUGAAGUGAAUACUAUGGGGAAGAAAAAGAAGAAACAGCUUGGCGAAGAGAUGGAGGAAGUUGAAGAGGAAGAUGAGGAGGAUGAAAAUGAAGAUGAUGAUGAUGAAGAGGAGGAUGAUGAUGAAGAGGAGGAUGAAGAUGAAGAUGAUGAAGAGGAGGAUGAAGAUGAAGAUGAAGAUGAUGAUGAAGAUGAUGAUGAUGAAGAUGAUGAUGAUGAAGAGGAUGAUUAUGAUGAUGAGGAUGAUGAUGGUGAGGAUGAUGAUGAUGAUGAGGAGGAUGAUGAUGGUGAGGAUGAUGAUGGUGAGGAGGAGGAAAAAAAAAUUAUGAAAAAAGGGAAAAAAAAAAAAAAAAAAUAUGUAAAAGAAUAUGUCGAUAAUGAGUAUAUAAAAAAGCUGCAAGAAGAGGGGCAAAUAUCGGAUGGAGAUGAAACAGAAGAUGUAGAUAACAAUUUUUCGAAAAGAGCAAAAAAAAGGAAUAACGGAAGCAACAAAAAGAAAAAGAUCCGAAUAGCUUACGAGAACGAAUGA